GAAAAAGAGGCACUCUUAUACAAUGGAAAAAUUGAGCUAACACCAUGAAUAGUUCUGCAAGCAUUCGCUCAGCCAUUGUUUCACAGCGUUUAACUGGAACGCUUUGGGAAGAAUUUUGUGAAGAGGCUGCUAAUUAUGCAGCUGUAGAAUUCGCAAGAAAAUCAGUUUCUUUUGUUUCACUUAAUCCCAUAUAUAAUAAUGGUGCUUUUUUUAAUAAAGCACCUCGGAAGUUUAUUGAUACUUUUUAUGUAAAAUUUGAAGAAGAGUUACAAAGAAUCGCACAAGAUAAUGAAGAAAGAUGCAAUCAGCGAGAAAUUGAUGCUCUUAACAAAAAUACUAAGCGAUCACUUUCAAUGAGAAUGAAAAAGAUUUUCAGAAAGAGUACACCCUUAGAUAAAGACUUAACUAAAGAAACAGAAAAUAUGACAUCUGAUAAAAUUCAAGAUAAAAAUUUUUCUAACACAAAAUCUACAGACAAAAAUUUUGUUGUAAAUGAUAUAAUUAAAGAUGGUUAUAUGCAUGAAUUAGCAAAUAUUGAAGGUCGUGGAGACAAUGGAUUGACUUGGAAAAAAUGUCGUCUUGUUUUGUCAAAAGCUCCUGGAGGGUAUAUGCUGGAAAUUUUUGUUCCACCUAAGGCUUCCAAACCACGUGCAGGAGUAUUUUGUUUUCUAAUACAUGAAGCUCGAAAAGCAUCAUUAUUAGAGAUGCCUGAUUCAGAUUGUGUAUUUAUUAUUAAAGCCGUAAACAAUAAAGAAUAUAUGCUUGCUGCAAACGAUGAAGAAGAUAUGAAACAAUGGCUUGAAUCUAUUACAAAAUGUAUGGAAGAGGACACUUCAGCUCCAUCGACCCCAACAAGCCCUGUAGAUUCACCACGUACUUUUGCAUUUGACACUCAACAAACAUCAGCACAAUCUGAUGGAGCUUCUCAAAGCAAUCAUGUUUCUAAUGCUGGAAGUUUACCAAAAAGACAUAUAGUUUCGCCACUCGCUAAACAGCAGUCUUCUUUUGAUAAUGAAUCAUCAGAACCUUUGCGCUCAAUCUUUGACCAAGAAAAUGAAAUAUUUUCAGAUACACUACCUGAACGAUCUACUUAUCAAGCCCCAGUUCAAAACCCUAAGGUUAUUAAUGGUUACAAUAUUACUUCUUCUCAAGAUAGUCAAGCUGCACCUAUCACUACUCCUGAAGUUCUUUCACCAAUUCCAGAAACUCAGUGUGAUUGGACAAAUCCCUUUGGUGAAAAUCACCCACUGGCUGUAUAUCCAUGGUUUCAUGGCACUAUAACUAGGGUUCAAUCUUCUAUGCAUGUUCUACAACAAGGUUCAAGUUGGCAUGGAGUAUUUUUAGUUCGUCAAAGUGAGACACGCCGUGGUGAAUAUGUUUUAACUUUUAAUUUGCAAGGUCGUUCAAAGCAUUUGCGAAUGUCACUUAACUCAGAAGGUAAUUGUCGCGUUCAGCAUCUUCGGUUCGAAACUAUAUUUGACAUGCUAGAGCAUUUUCGGCUUCAUCCGAUUCCUUUAGAAAAUAAUGGUUCAGAUGAUGUUCGAUUAACUGGUUAUGUUUACUCUGAUGAGAAUGGAACUGAAAAUGAAAGACAAUCUAGAGAAGACAGAACAACAGGUCUGCGAAGAGCAAACACAUAUAGUGGUGCUGCAAUAGGCCUCAGAAUUGAAUCUGGCUCAGUUAGGGAAACAAGAGCAAGUCUAAAUCAAUCUAGAAAACAACUAGCAGCACAUAAUUCAUAUGAAAUGGUUUAAAAUAUAACUAAUCUUGAAUGUAAAGCAUCAAAUGAAUUGAUUUAGUUCUGUUCUCAUAUAUAUAUUUUUUUUACUUUACUUUGAUAAACUAGAUAAAGUGCUCUUUAGUUUUUAUCUUAAUGAACUAAAGUAUAAGAUAUUUAUUUUCUACUUAUAUGAACUACAGAAUGCAACAUGGAAUGCAAUAUUUGUUUUAAUAGAUUUUUUUAAUGUUUAAAUGCAAAAAAAAAAAAGUUUUUAAAAAUUUUUAUUCUUUUGUUUUAAUUUAUUGCUCAACCUUUUUUUCUAAAUAUGAUAUGUUAUUAGGCUAUAGUACAUAGUCAAUUUGUUUUUAUUUAAAAAAGAUUGUUUUGGUAAAUAUCUUACAAAAAAAUUUUUUUUUUCCUCUUCAGUUUUUUUUUUCAUAAUUAAUGAAUUGUUUUGAGUUCUAUAUGCUUUCAUUUUUAAAUCUAAUUGUCUUUUAUUUUAUGUUUUGUGACCAGAAAGUUUGACCAUGUUGAUAUUUGGUCAAACUCUUGAAUUUAUCAAAGUUAAAAGUUUUUUAUUUUUAAUACUUUUAUUAUUUAAAAGAUAUGUUUUUAUGGAAAA